UUCAACAACGACCAAAGAGAAAAGAAACAUGGCGGCUUUUGCGACCAAACAGUCUAUGUUGUUGUUGUCGUCGUCUCUCCUGCUCUUGAUCGGCGUAUCCACCGGAAGUUUCUAUGACAACUUCGAUAUCACAUGGGGCGAUGGUCGUGCCAACAUAUUUGAGUCUGGACACCUAUUAACUUGCACUCUCGACAAGAUCUCCGGUUCAGGUUUUCAAUCCAAGAAAGAGUAUCUAUUCGGAAAGAUCGAUAUGAAGAUGAAACUUGUUGCCGGAAACUCAGCUGGAACCGUCACUGCUUACUACCUUUCCUCUAAAGGCGAGACAUGGGAUGAGAUCGACUUCGAGUUCUUGGGUAAUGUUACUGGACAGCCCUAUGUUCUCCAUACAAAUGUGUUCACAGGAGGUAAAGGUAACCGUGAAAUGCAGUUCUAUCUCUGGUUCGAUCCAACGGCGGAUUUCCACACUUACACCGUCCUUUGGAACCCUCUCAACAUCAUCUUUCUAGUGGACGGUAUCCCAAUCAGGGUGUUCAAGAACAAUGAGGCUCACGGUGUGGCUUACCCGAAGAGCCAGCCGAUGAAGAUCUACUCAAGCCUAUGGGAAGCUGAUGAUUGGGCAACUCAGGGUGGUCGAGUCAAGACUGAUUGGACUAACGCUCCAUUCAGCGCUUCUUACAGGAGUUUCAAUGAUGUGGACUGCUGUAGCAGGACUUCAGUAUGGAAUUGGGUUACGUGCAAUGCGAAUAGCAACUCGUGGAUGUGGACAACACUUAACUCCAAUCAGCUUGGACAGAUGAAGUGGGUACAAGAUGACUACAUGAUCUAUAACUAUUGUAAUGAUUUCAAGAGGUUCCCUCAAGGUCUACCCACGGAAUGCAACCUCGGCUGAUAUAUCGUGUUACCGGGAAAAUUCAAGAGCUUGGUGCAGUUUCUUUCUUUUAAUUUAACUUCAUGAUUCUUUUAUUUGAUUUGGUUAUUCUUUUGAGUUUCUAAGAUUUGCUUACCAUAUUGAGUAAUUGUUUAA